AUGUCCGCCUUUAUCAAGCUGACUGAACUCGCCAAGUCUGCAACGUCCACAAAUUUCUUUGAGCUCGAAACACUCCCCAACAUCAACAUCCACCAUCAAGAUGUCACCAUCACCUCCCGAUGUCAGCCCCCAAUCAACAGACGGAUCAUUGACCAGUUUGUGCUGAUCAAACGUGAUGGGCGCACUUCGCGGGCGUAUUCUGCCCGCCCUAGUCUGCCCGCCCUAGUCAUUACUAACCAUCCUUCGUCCCGCGACGCCAAGACCAAGAAAAAGCCUGAGAGGAUAUUGCUCUACCUCAACAGAGUCUCGGAGGGUCAGUUUGUGCAAGUCCACCAAGUCGAAGUGGAUGCCAUUCGGUCGGCUUCCAAGAAGCUACAAGUUACGUAUGCUCCCAAGUGCCACUUUUGCCCCAAGGCUGCCAGGCCCCAGGUUCCCCAGGUUAUGCGAAAAUAG